AUGGCACAGAUGUACGUGGUGAAGCGUGAUGGACAGAAGCAGGCAUGGGCAGAGGGCUGGCAUUCCUUUCCUUCUUAUCUUCGUCUCUCAACUGGCGAAAAAGAGGUGAAGUUUGAUGCAAUCACGCGGCGCAUCCGACGGCUCACUGAUGGCCUGGAUACGCGCUUUGUCGACCCGGUUGUUGUCACGAGGAAGGUGGUCGAAGGCUUUUACAGCGGGAUCUCCACUUCCGAAGUGGACGUCUUGGCUGCGGAGACCUGCGCGUAUAUGUCUCAGAAGCAUCCAGACUUCUCUACGCUGGCAGCUCGCAUCGCUGUGUCAAACCUUCACAAGAACACAUCGGAGUCCUUCUAUGAGACCUGUCGCAUCCUCCAUGGCUAUGUCGAUCCUCAGGGGCGAUCAGCUUCGCUGAUUUCGCAGGAUGUUUGGGAGUUCAUUGAGGCCAACGCCCAGCGCUUGGAUGAGGGCAUUGACUACAGCCGCGAUCUGGGCUACGACUACUUCGGCUUCAAGACGCUCGAGAAGUCUUACUUGCUUAAGGUGAACGGCAAAAUUGUGGAGCGGCCGCAGCACCUCCUCAUGCGCGCCGCCUGUGGCAUCCACGCUGGUAACCUGGAGGCCGUCUUGGAGACCUACGACCUCAUGUCCAGGAAGUACUUCACGCAUGCCAGCCCGACCCUCUUCAACGCGGGCACGCCGAACGCGCAGAUGUCUUCCUGCUUCCUCCUGAAGAUGCAGGAGGACAGCAUCGAUGGCAUCUAUGACACAUUGAAGAAGUGCGCUCUCAUCUCCAAAUCCGCCGGCGGCAUCGGAGUGGCCAUCUCCAACGUCCGAGCCAGCGGCUCCUACAUUCGAGGAACCAACGGCUACAGUAACGGCCUCGUCCCGCUGCUCAAGAACUUCAACGAGACUGCUCGUUACGUGGACCAAGGUGGAGGCAAGCGAAAAGGCUCCUUCGCCAUGUACUUGGAACCCUGGCACGCUGACGUCCUCGACUUCCUCGAGCUUCGGAAGAACCACGGGAAGGAGGAACAGCGUGCCCGAGACCUUUUCUACGGCCUCUGGAUUCCGGACCUCUUUAUGCAGCGCGUGAAGGACAACGCAGACUGGACGCUCUUCUGUCCCAACGAGGCCUUCGAUACGAAGACCGGCAAGGGUCUUAUGGAUGUCUGGGGAGACGAGUUCGAGGCCAUGUACACCCGCUUCGAAGCCGAGGGCUUGGGACGGAAGACGCUGAAGGCCCAGCACCUGUGGUUCCGCAUCCUGGAAUCGCAGAUGGAGACGGGCACACCAUACAUGCUCUACAAGGAUCAGGCGAACAGAAAGUCGAACCAGCAGAACCUUGGCACCAUCCAUUGCUCGAACCUCUGCACUGAGAUCAUCGAGUACACCGCCGCAGACGAGGUCGCGGUAUGCAACUUGGCCUCGAUCUCUUUGCCGGCCUUUGUGGCUGAUGGAGGUUCCAGCUACGACUUCCAGCAGCUGUACGAGGUGACGAAAGUCGUGACUCGGAACCUCAACAAGGUCAUCGACAGGAACUACUACCCAGUGCCGGAGGCUCGCAAGUCGAACUUCCGACAUCGGCCGGUGGGCCCCUCCGUUGCGACUGCUUUUGGGUUUUUUUCUAGGGCUUCGAGACUGCAGGGGGCCUUCAUAGUGAGAAUAGGGUUUUGGGAUGAAGUCUAG